CAGAUACCCAUCAGCAGUUGGCUCUGGCAGGACAGCCGAGCCCGAACGCUCCUCACGUGCGGAUGUGCCAUCUCGCGCUGACAUCUCGAGAGUUUUCAUUUCACACCAGUUUGACCACGCAGCGUGGAAGCUUUAAGGGGAAAUGGAGAGGAAUUUCAUGAGGGGAGAACUUGGAUAUUUACAGCUUUAAGUUUGAAAAGUGGACCUGUCCCCGUGCUGGACGUGGACAGUCAGCUCUGCCCUGUUGGACAUGUUCUCACCUGCUCGUGGGACUUUAACUCCUGGUUCUUGACUAACCGGAGCCCCACGUUCCGUCACCUGGAGUGAAGCUGCAGGAUGAGACGAGGGGAGGAGGAGGACUCGGACAUCACGUUACCGUUUGUGCCGACGGCGUGAUUUACAGUUUGAUUCCACCAUGGAGGAGAAGUUCAACAGACUCAUCUUCAUCCCCAUUGCGGCGGUGCUCUUCUUCAUGAUUGGCUACCAGUAUGUGUGCCCGUCGGACAGCAACACCUGCUACUUCAGAAGUGACGAGAAAGGGCUUUUCCAGCGCUAUUCAUCCGGGUAUGAGCUACUUUACGCAGAGCCGGAGGCGGACGAGGACCUUCCCUCCAAAAUCUCGUCCAAAUUCAACUUCACGGAGCGGGAUCUGGACCGGAACGUGGACUUCAACAUCCGAGGGGACGAUGUGAUGGUGUUUCUCCACAUUCAGAAGACCGGCGGGACGACGUUUGGGCGGCACCUGGUCAAGAACAUCCAGCUGGAGCAGCCCUGCGACUGCAUGCCGGGCCAGAGAAAAUGCACCUGUCACCGGCCGGGGAAAGCCGAGUCGUGGCUCUUCUCCAGGUUCUCCACGGGCUGGAGUUGCGGGUUGCACGCGGACUGGACCGAGCUCACGAGCUGUGUGCCCGUGGUGAUGAACAAGAGGGACAAGAAGAAUGCGCAAAAGAGCAAAAGGUGAGGUGGAGAGCAGGACAGGUGAAGUCUGAGGGGGAAAAAAACAACACUUAUUUUCCUGUUCAACAAUUCACCCUCUCAUUUACUCAUUUGUUUCUUCAUGAACUCAUUAACUCUUGAGUUUCAAGUCUCUCACACCCCCCACUAACUUAUUCAGAUCACUCUCUCAUCCUUUCACUCAUACUCAUACUUACUCACUCAUACAUUUACUUCUUAAGCCAUUUCCUCACUCAUUCAUCUAAUUUCAUCCUUCCUCACUCAUUCUCCCUUACAUCUUCAUUCACCGUCACCCUUUCAAUCAUUCACUCACUCAUUCACAUUACAAAUAUAUUCCAUAAUGUGCUCUCUCAUCAAUAUAUUCACUCAUUCAUACUCUCAGGAAUUAACAUUUCAUUUAUUCACAUCCUCCUUAACAUAUUCAUUUACUCAUCCCUCACCUCAAGACUUAUUCAACAACUUGCUUGCACACUCAUGCACUCGCUCUUUCAUUAACCCAUUCACUCACUCACUAACCUUUGCACAGUUAUUCGCUCACUCACUCAUUCACAUCAUAACUUAGCAACAAUGAACAAAAUCAUUUACUCAUUGACUCUCACUCACUCACAAACCCAGGAGUAAAAUCAUUCACUCAGUCACUCACUCCCCAGCAACUAAAUGACUCACCCACUCACUCAUCCAUCUAUGAACAUAUACAUUUGCUCACUCUUUCACUUGCUAACCCAUGAAAAAACACUCACUCACUCAUUCGCAUCCCUUCACUCACUUUUUCACACCUUCAUUAAAAUAUUUAUUCAUUCAGUCACCCAUAAUGUGUUCUCUCAUUGAUAUAUUCACUCAUUCAUACUCACAUUCAUUUAUUUACUUCCUCAUAAACAUAUUCAUUUACUCAUCCCUCACCUAAUAACUUAUUCACCAACUUGUUACACACUCAUUCACUCACUCUCUCACUAACCCAUUCACUCAGUUAGUCACUCAACGGUGAACAGAAUUAUUCUCUCAAUCACUCAUUCACAUCAUAACUGAGCAACAAUGAACAAAAUCUUUCACUCAUUGACUCUCAUUCACUCACUCUCUUACUAAUCCAUUCACUCACUCACCACGUCACUCACCUGUGAACAGAAUUAUUACUCUCUCACUCAUUCACAUCAUAACGAAGUAACAAUGAACGAAAUCAUCCGCUUAUUGACUCUUGAUCACUCACUAACUCACUAACCCACAAGUAAAAUCCUUCAUUCAGUCACUCAUCAAGAGACUUAAUUACAAACCCACUCACUCAUACAUCUAUAACUAUACUCACUCACUCACUCACUCACUCACUCACUCACUCACUCACUCACUCACUCACCCGUAUUUGUAGUUAGUUUCUCAUUGCUUUAGUUGAUCAUUUACUCAUUCAUUCACUCACUAACCCAGAAACUAAAUCACUCUCUCUCACUCACUCACUCACUCACUCACUCACUCACUCACUCACUCACUCACUCACUCACUCACUCACUCACUCACUCACUCAUCUAUCUAUGAACAUAACCAUUUGCUCACUCUCUCACUUGCUAACCCAUGAAAAAACACUCACUCACUCACUCACUCACUCACUCACUCACCCAUCUCUUUUACUGCUAACCCGUGAAAAAACACUCACUCACUCACUCACUCACUCACUCACUCACUCACUCACUCACUCACUCACUCACUCACUCACUCACAGUGCCCUAGUUAAUCAAUCACUCAUUCAUUCAUUCACUCAUUCAUUCACUCACUCACUUACUUAUUCACCCGUUCAUCUGUUUAAUCCACUCUCUCUAUAUUACACUGUGAUUCCAUGAUAAAUCAGGUGUUUUUGGGUCCUUCUCUGUGACCUGGUUUAAACUGAGUACCUGCAGGUUCUUCACAGUUUUAACAAUGAUAUAAAAAAACUUGUUCGACUGAUUCGGUCUGCCGCCGAAAUAUGUGUUACUUACAAACGUCUCUCCAGCCUGCAAAAGCAGCAGGUGGGUUAAGUCAUUAGGUUUACUUACCUCAAGGCACUAAGUCAAAGGUAAGAGGAUUUCAGAACAAUGUAGGUUGUGACACCAAUUUCUCCCUGGCUCUCAAUUACCUCUCGGUCGAGUCACGCCAAGCGUAUGUGCCCUUAUUGGCAUGUAAUGUGGAGCUGUUUAAAGCUGCCGUGUUAACAGCCUCACCACAUGGCGUGUCAACACCAGCAGCUGUGUCUUCCAGCACAUUGAGAUGGACCGCGUCCACGUCUGAGGGUCUGUUUCAAUUUCCUGUAAUUACAGAACAAAGCUUAAGGAGGUAAAUCACUUAAGAAGGCAGGGGUCCUCUGAGGUGUGCCGCCUGUGCGUUGAAGCCAAUUUACCUUACAAUUUGGUUCAGAGUGCAAAUCUCCAUAUGCUACCCAGAGCGCUAAAGGGGGUCGACUAGGACUGGUGGGGGUGAGGGGUGCCUCCAAGAAUCCUUCCAAUCCAUUUACCGUCCUCUGUGGCAGCCAUCAGACUUAAUUUAAUGCUUUUAAAUAAUUUUGAUGUGGUGCCUCCGAGCCAGAUCAGCACUGUGAGUGAAUCAACAACACUCCAGUCAACACUUGUCAGCUCAAUAUAAUAGUCAGUGGAAACUCAGCACUCAUUAACGUUGGCACUUUGCUGCGUCUUAGACUGGCUGCAGACAUAAUUUAGCUUAAUUUCUUUCAAAGUUGGGACAAAAUGUGUGCUGCGCAGCAAUUUUCCCACUUCUAAGUGUCAAUUUUUACUAAUUAUUUUGACAGGAAAAGCAAUGAUUCCCACUAACAGCGCUAAUGAGUGGUGAAUAAACUCCUGUGGGGGCUGACUUACAGAGAUUUCUAUUGCAAACCAGAGAAUAGCCACGAUAACAUGAUACUGCACCGAGCAAUCCUGAAAAGUGCUCGCAGUUAAUGUGAUACUGGAUUGAUCCCUGUAGGGAGAUACUCUCUGCAGCCCCUCCAUAGAGAGUGGGGGGGGGGUCUCACUGUCUUUCUCAAGGACACUGCUGCACAAAAGAAAUGCACAUUUCUUUAAAGCUCCAGUAAGGAGUUUUUUUUCUGGGUAUGAAACAGGAUAAAAUGACCUCUGAGUGACCUACAACAGCAAACAAGACUGAUUAUAUACUGCAAUUCUUACGUUUAAAACCUCUGCUGUGAAGGUGGUAGGUGGUAGGAUUUUUUUAGGCUUGGACAUUAGCAGAAAGAUGAGAAGUAUCACUCUGUCCAUGUGGGGGCGCCAGAAUCAGCACCAACUGAAGGUUCCCAACAGGAGCUUUAACAUGAGUAUUAUCUUUUUUUAAUAAUCCUAAACAUUGUAACACUUUGUUACCGUUUUUCUUUUUGUGUGCUUAUGCAGAUAUAGGCGCUGAUAGCAACACUAUUAUCUAGACUCCAAUAUUUUUUUUCUGCGAAUGCUAACAGCUAAAAGAAACUAAGCUAUGCUAGCUUUAUAGGGACAAAGGCUGGUACUGUGUGUGUUAGACAGGCCAGCGAUAAUGAUUCUAACUCUGGUAUUAAAGACCAAUGAAAAUCAUUUUUUCCAUAGAUGUUAGGCUGCAAGCUAACUCAAGCAGAAGUGUGCAGAGCAGCGCUGUCUCCGCCCAAAAUGACACAAGAAAUGUGAUUUUUGGUAAAAACUUCAUAAUCAAAACUUAAAGACCACUGAGAACACUUUCAGUAAUUAAAAAAAACAACCGCGGUGGGACUUAAAUGUAACAUUUGAUAGCCGCAACUGCGUUAUACUCUAUGCUAGCAGCCUACUUUUGUUGUUUACUACUCUGAAAAAGUAGAUGUUAAUGAUUUGAACCCAAACCAUAGUUUUCCUGACUUUAAAGCUCCUGCUGCAAAUUCGGAGGAGGUCAUGGAACAGACAGAAAUUAAAGUUUAUGUUAUUAUUUCGUCGUCAAAAAAUGCGAAUAAGACCAUAAACACGAAGUUUGAAGUUUUUUUACAGCAAACAUUUCCAGUAAGAUAGCAAGAGGGCCUUUUGGCGCGAGUACUACGUCGUUGACAUUAUCAACAUCAAACUUAAAGUUCCUCACAGCAGCUUUAAAAAACAGUUAAAUGUGUAGUUGAAAGCAUAUUUAUUGCUACAGUUUUGCUACAUUGUGCUGUCAUUUAGUUCAGAUCUGUGAUUGGUAGUUAUCGAGUUGAGAGCGCUAACUAAUGUCACACUAGGAGCUAUUUUCGGGUGUACUUUGCAGUACCAUAUGGUGGUUAUAUAGUGGAUUUCAUCUGUUAUUAGCUUCAGAACAACUUUAAUUCUAAUGCUUCAGCUCCUGCAGGAUUUAUGAUUGAAGUCUUGUUCAGCUGUCAACUCUGACCAGAAGAAGGAUAUAUUUUUCAGAAGCAGGUAUCAAUUGAAGCCAAAUGCACCGUGACUCACAACUCGUUCUAUACCUGUGAAUUUCGUAGACAAGCUGUGAGUCACAACUCGCUCAACAGCCACAAAUCUGUCACAAGAAGUUCUCAUUUCCCCGUAUAAUGCCUGGUUGAUUUUCUGUCCACACACAUUACUUUCCUCUGGCAAUAGACAAACUAUUAAGCGAAACCGUCUUGUCGUUUUCGAUUAAAACCGCCAGAUAAAGUCCUCUGAGCGACUUAUUCACCCGAUGAUGUGUUGCCACGAGGUUUCAUGUUGCGAUUUUAUCAGAUCUGAAAGGCUCCUGUCCUGUCACUUUGGGGGAUGUUGUCUCGCUGUGAUGGACUGUGAUGCAUGCAGCGAUGGCAGCAGAGGGAGUUGAAGUGAGGUGGUGCAUGUGUGGGUCAGCUUAACGCGAUACUUAACUCUGUCGGAUCGCUCUGCUCUGGAUUUGUUUGGUUUUCAGCUUUGAUCCCUCUGUUUCGAGGAGGAGUUAAGAGAGGUUAAAGAGAAUUAUCGUUGUUCUCCCAAUACACCGUGUACAUAAUCCUUUUUGCAUUUUACUGUACUCCUACCCAAAGUUUAGACAUAAUCACUGAGAGCAUUUUCUAAAAAGCCGAACGAUUUCAUGCGCUUAUAAAACACUCAAAUCUUUAUUCCCAGUCUGAUUGCGAAAGACGGAACAGCAUGUUGAUAUCGAGCGAUGACUCUCGUCUUAUACAAGUCCCAUAUAGCAAUGGGAAUGUAGACAGUCAGGGAUCAAACAUCAUGGGAGUGGAUGACGCCCACACCUUUCUUCAGGCUACAUCCUGCCGGGUGUGAUGUAGUUUGCAGAGAGAGUCUUAUCUCAGCCCUCUCAGACUCUGGUUCACUCUUUGAGCAGAUUUUAUAACUUAGUCCACCAGACAAAUCCCUCAACUUUGAGAUAUUUUAGAUUGUAAACUCCUCACCACACUGACCUGGCAUGAAAAUAAAUGUAACUAGAAACAAACAGAUGGUGGUGCAUUAUUAAUUCUUCAAAACCCAAUAUUGUGUGUCCCUAUUUCUGCAUCUACAUUCAAGUUGUUUAGUAUGCACCUCACACACAGAGACCAUACUCUGUGUUGCUGUGGCCACUGCUACAACCCACAACUGUAUGUCUUCCCCAUUCUCCACACAUCUCUUCAGCUAUUCUAUCAAACAAAGACAAAAAGGCCCAAAAAAAUGGGGCUCGACUUGGGGAUAUCGGCCUUUGCUGAUUAUUGGGCUGAUAGCUGGUAUUUGAUCGUUUAUCUGCAUUGGUCUAAAUUCUGAUUUUGACAAUUUUUCCUGCUGAUGGAUAAUGGGGCCCAAGUAUUUGUCUCAGAAACUACUUGUGGUAUCAGUACUGGCUAUGAAAAACCAAUAUCAGUCGCCCCCACGGACACAAUUUGUGGGGGGGAACAGGGGACACGUUCAACCGUCUGAAAACAAUGCUAAUUUGCACUAUAGCAAACGGAUACACGUCAGGCGCUAGGACCAAACAGCCACUCAAGCCGAAAACUGGUUUCCCUUGGUUUGGACCACCCAAAAGGUUGGCAAAAGGUUGGCUCUGGCACAAGGCCACUUUUUGUGUGUGAUUGGCUAUCCCUGCUGUCAGUCAAUCCAUGCCCGCCGGACUAGUGUUUUGCAAGUUGCUCUUAGAGUCAGUCCGUGAACAUCGCUAUUUGCCGAUGUAAGUUUACAGGAGGGUGGCGUUCAUUUUCCCUCCAUAAAAAUUGGUCCAGAUUAUUGGCCUCAUGAAUUACUUAUAUUCAUUAUUAGUAUAAACCUCAAAAAAACAAUGUUCGUCGCCCCCUAUUGAUAUUGGUCCAGAUUAUUGGCCUUGUGAACUACUUAUCAAUCAUUAAUUGGCAUUAUUGGUAUUAACCUUUUAAAACCAAUAUUAGUCAACCCCAUGAAUAUUGGUCCAGAUUAUUGGCCUCAGGAAAUACUUAUAAUCAUUUUGGUAUUAGCCAUUUAACACCGAUAUUAGUCGCCCAUUAUGAAUAUUGGUCCAGAUUAUUUGCCUCAUGAAAUACUUAUAUUCAUUAUUGGUUUUGUUAUUGAAAAACCAAUAUCAGUCACCCCCUGUGAGUAUUUGUCCAGGUUACUGGCCUCAUGGACUACUUAAAUUGAUUAUUGGUAUUAGGCUUUCAAAACCAAUAUCAGUUGCCCCCUAUGAAUAUUGGUCACAAAUAUUGGUCUCAUGAACUACUUAUAUUCAUUUUUUUUUUUUUAAUUGAAAAACCAAUAUUAGUCGCCCUCUAUGAAUAUUGGUCCAGAUUAUUGGCCUCAUGAUCUACUUUUAUUCAUUAUUGGUAUUGUUAUUGGAAAUCUAAUAUUAGCCGCCCUCUUUGAAUAUUGGUCCCAAAUAUCGGUCUCAUGAACUCCUUAUACUCAGCAUCAGCAGUGGUAUCGGCCUUGAAGAACCUAUAUUGGUCUAUCCCUACAAGUAUAACUGUAAAACCACUGUUCUUUCUCAUAGUUCAGUGCACAGAUGCACAGAAACUGCCUCGUUUCUAAAUUCAUUACACAGCAACACUUAAUGAAAACAUCCACAUUUAGCAACAUUUGUUGAGUGCUAUCCUGCUGAUUCUGAAUUAAGAAGCAUCUGUCUGCUGCAAACCUUGACGUCACCUCUCUCCUACACAAUGCACAGGUGUAAAAAAACAAAGACGAAGAAAUUCACAUACGAGAGAUUGACUUAAAUUAACAGGGGGACAUUAUUAUACUUACAAAUAUAUUUUAUUUGAAAGGUAUGUAUUAUGUAUUACUUUUUCAAGUGUAUUCAAAGUGCAGGAAAAGAAACUGAUAACUGAGUGGCUCCUUGGUUACCAGAAGAACUUGCAUGGCAACUAGUUACAGUUUUGUUCAGGCUCAGCUUGUGCCGAGCUCUGGGACUUGCCGGCAUCUUUUUCAAAUCGGCAGGGUGAGUUAAAUUUAGCUCUCCAACAGACUGGUGGUCAUAAUUAAGGGAAGCCAUAAUGAGAUUUGUAAUUCACCUCAUGUUGGUUUUUCCUCUCUUUGCACCUUCCUUUAUCCUUUCAAACCUGUCUUAACACACAUACGCGCCGCCCGCCCUCCUUAUGUCCCUCCUCACGCGCACAAACUUAAGUAAACAGUACGUGGAAGGUUAAAGUUGUUCUUGAUAGGCGCACCGCUGGUCAGAGGCUCCUGCAGGAGUUCGCUCGCAGCGUGAGACUAAAGCGUUCACAUCGCAGCAGGAUGUAAAACUGCUGUAAGGCCAGACGUCAAGCCUGCUUCAAUUGCAGGGCUGUCCUGUUCGUCCUCGACAGCCAGCGUCACACUGAGCAGUCAGAGAGUGUAACCUUAUUACCGACCUCAUUAUUUCAGAUUAGUGCAGAGAAUGCAGUCUGGCCAAAACACAGAUCCGCCUGAGUCCAAUUAGCCCAGUUCAUUUUGGAUCCAGUUAAGGUGGUUUUAGCUAUUAAUUUGGCAUCAACACCUAAUAUGAUGAGGAUAAUGACACCAAGGGCAUUCAGAUAUGCAAAACUAUGCAGGAAGUUGACAGGGUUUUGUCGUCAAAACAGGAGGAAACUAUUGUGUAUGUUUCUUUUAUUCCUCUUAAAUUUGAUUUACUUUAGUGCCUCAUAUGUGAGGAAACACCCGGUUGCAAGUUUUGACAUUAAUCUCCCCUUAGAGUAACAGAGAGUCAGUUUAAAUCCUCAGCCAAAGUGAGUGCAGAGAUUUUAGAGGAGGGUGUAUAUUGUUGUGGAAAUGGGUUUGAGUUUGAAGUUGAGUGUAUUUCUCAAAUGCUUAAGGCAUAAUACUGCCCUUUAACUGCCAACGCUGCUUUUGAGUGCACUGUCACUCUCUGCGCUUACACAUCAAGUUAUUUCAAGCUGCUGACAACCACACAUUGUUAUGAAAAAAGUGAAUGUGACAAAAACGCAGAUUGUCAAAAAUAUGUGACCCUCGGUGGCCGGAAAUCAUUCAAACGGCUCCCAGUGGAUCUGUGAUGUCUCAGAGUGAGACUUUUAAGGUAGAAAAUAGCACAUUCUUGCUCAAACUAAUGAGAAUUUGAAUUGAUAAAGCAUUAAAUGUGCCCUUUAUCUAUUCAAAACACUCACAGGUUUAGCUGGAUUGAUCUAUAAUGAGCAGUGUGGUGGCUAAAUGUUAGAUUUUGUCAGCAAAGGUUACGUAAACGCCUCUUUGAAAAUGUCACUUUUAAGUUAGUUUAUCGACUUUGUGAGUAUUCUCGACAUAAAAGGUGUUCACAGACAAAAACCAAUACAGGAAGUGGCCUCUGGAGAAAUGGGGAAUAUGGAUGAAGAUGUUAUAAUUAUCGUCAGCACAUAUUUUUGUUUCCCUGAAAAUAUUAUGUAUCUUACGUUUUGUUUUAAGGGUCGACUGUUAGCGGCUUUUCACGGUCGAUAGUGAUGCCAACUAUGAGCUGUUCAUUAGAUCGGUGCUAGGGACCGAUAUCCAUUGACAGUAAAAUUAAGGCUAUUACAGAUAUUGAUCAAGCUCUACAAAUGUUGGUGCCAAAUAUCAGUCUAAUUAACUACAUAUACUUGGGAUCAGUAUCAGCCUUGAUAAAUCAAUAUCUGUGAAACCUUACAAAUAUUGGUUCCAAAUAUCAGUCUCAUUAAUGACUUAUACCCAGUAAUGGUUUAAGUAUUGGGUUUAAAACCAGUAUCAGUCGACCCCUACAAAUAUUGGUCCCAAAUAGUGUCCUUAUGAACCACUUAUAAUCUGUAUCAAAAGUGGUAUGGCAUUAAGAAACCAAUAUCUGUCAACCCAACAAAUAUUGGUCCCAAAUAUCAGUCUAAUUGACCACUUAUACUUGGAAUCAGUGUCAUCCUUAAAAAAUCAAUAUCUGUCAAACCUAACAUAUAUUGGUCCCAGAUAUCAGUUUCAGUAACUAUUUAUACCCAGUAAUUGUUUUAGUACUGGCCUAAAAACCAAUAUCAGUCGACCCCUACAAAUAUUGGUCCCAAAUAGUGUCCUCAUGAACUACUUGUACUCUGUGAUUGUUUUAGUAUUGACCUUAAAACCAAUAUUGGUGAACCCAAAAAAGUAUUGGUCCCAAAUAUCAGUCUAAUGGACCACUUAUACUUGGGAUCAGUUUCAGCCUUGAAAAAUCAAUAUCUGUCAAAUCUAAUUUAUGUUGGUCCCAAAUAUUAGUCUCAUUAACUACUUAUACCCAGUAAUGGUUUAAGUACUGGGUUCAAAACCAAUAUUAGUCAACCACUACAAAUAUUGGUCCCAAAUAGUGUCUUAGUGCCAAUACCAAGUAUCGGCCCUGAUAAUUGGCCAUGGUAGAUAAUCGAUUAACUCCUUAUUAUCCCAUUCAUUUUUGAAGAUUGAGGAGUAGUAGCCAGUUUCUGAAUUGGAGAUGUAGCAUGGUAUAGUAUCUGCAGAUAAUACUGUGAAAAGUUCUCUAUCAAUAUUGGCAUAUAUGGCAAUUUCUGCUGCGAUAUCAUCAAAACAGCUGUCACAAUAAGAGUAUUUGGUCAGUUCUAUCACAGGAGAGACUUGUUGUUCUGUUCGCUAAAAAAGGAUGGGUAAAUAUCGGUAUUGAUAUCGGUCACAGCCUAAAUGAGUAUGAAAAUAUUAGCAUGUGCACCACCAAUCUGAAUCAGUAUCAGAUAGUAAAAAUUAAAUAUUGGUAUCUUGACAUAUUUUGCUGCAACAGUCCUGUUAGGAAGAUACAUUCACCUCUUUGAUAUCACUACCAGCCUAAAAAUCACUCAGCUUCACUUUUUAAAAAUUUCCAAACAAUAAAAGAACCAAAAGUUUCCAAACUUGUGCUGGAUUCUGUAAAUCUCACACUCACCGCCUCACCACAGAGGAGACAGUUCAAAACUCACUGAAGUCCUGAUUCGUCACCUCCGGUGGGUGGUGGACUAUACGUACAGUACCUGACACUAGAGUUUUAUUUUUGGCAGUGGGUGAAUGUGCAGGUCUGCUGGGAGAUCCUAUGCAGCAGCCUGAUGUUGAGAUGUGGGCUGAUAAAGCAGGAAAAUCUCUGCCAGUAAUUUUAGUUUCCGGGAGAGCUUCUACCUCGGUGGAGCGGAAGGAGGCGGCGACAUCAAAUGUUUGGCGUGAUUGUAGGUGUAGAAGCAACAUGUGCUGCUCUAAGCCUUUCGAUGACGUCGGGAUGAUAAUAUUAGUGAUUACACAGAACAGAGAGCCAAUCUACCUCUAAAGUUCACCAGGAGGGAGAACUCACUCUAAGGGAAUUUGCUUUAAAUGAAAUAUUGACGUUGAUAUCAAAAUCACUUGAAGCAGCAGGUUUUUAUUGAUCCUUUAAAAUGAGCUUCAUCAGUAGAUGAAACAAUGAUACUCGCAUAGACAUUUUGAGAUACUAUUGCUGAGCUCGCCAGAUUCAACUUAGAAACUGGGUCAAAGAAUGAGUAAGUUUCGAGUUAGUUUCAGGUUGGAUCGGGGACAGUAGCUUCCUGCAUUGUGGGCGUUUCUUGAUGAGCAGACAUUUAUAAAUGAGAGGCGGUCAUUUUUUUCACAUUAUCUCAGGCAUAAAAAAGAAAGUCCCCCAAACUACUCCCAGACCAAUAUUUCUCAUUUAGUCUCACUUUUACUCUUUUACUUUCUGGUAACAUGACAUUUCUUGGCUUUAAAAGUGACACCUCUUUCCUCAUUAACUUUUACUUUGCACAGAAAGCAGGAAACGGCUUUUUAACUCCAGGAAGCAAUUAACACAUCCUGCUGCAAUAAUUUGCAUAUUGCACUGCACUUACAUGCAUCACACCCUGGCUGCAGCGGUGGAUGAACAGUUGUUAUGAUUCUUAGUCAAAAUACACAGUCAAAGAAUAGACUUCAAGCAUCGACAUAUGACAGAAUUCAUUAACUAAAGUCACUCUUUUCAAUAACUUUGGCCGGUUUUAGGCGGAAACAGUAAGACACUGCGCUUUUGAAGACAACUUUUCCCCCUCAACUGUUAAAAUCACAGAUAAGGCCUCACUGACGUCACCUAAUCGUUUCCGAGGAGCUGCCAUGAAGCCCCACGACGGUGCUCGCCACCUCAGAAAUGAUGACUCAGCCUUGACUUUUGAUCAAUCCAAGCGCAAGCAAAGAGGUGAGCUCGGGUGGAUCUUAGAACGCCUGGCAAAAACUCUAAUGCGCCCAACUGUCAAUCAACUCAGCUACUAAAUGUGCAAAUUUAUGCAUAACUCCCAUGUCAUGUUUCCAGUGUGUGACUGGUGUCUUGAUAUUCAGAGAUGUACAGAUUAUGUUUCUAUUGAUGUCAAGACACCUGAUCAAAACCUCCAUCCAUGCUCCUCGGAUCAGUGUCAGCAGGGAAUGAAUUCAUCAAAAGGAAAACUCUGGCUCCCAAUAUUAGGGAAGAUAUCAAACUCAGUAUUAAAGUAUCAAUAUCAGUAUCUGUUUGAUGCCAAAUGAGUUUGAAACAAUUAGUGAAUUGGAGGGGAGGUGAAAAGGUACAUAAACCGUGUUUACUAUCAAUAUUUUUAACACUAUCUGUUUCAGUAUCAGUGGCAUUAUCUUUAUCAGUAUCAGCAACUUAAUCAGUAUUGGUCUAUCAGUAUCAGCAUCUUUGUCAGUGUGGGUAUAAGUAUUGUUUUCAGUUUCUCAAACUAUAUUGUGAUUAGUAUCCCAAUCUAUAUUGUGAUCAGUAUAUUUAUCAGCAGCAGUAUCAGUAACAGUAAAAGUAUCAGUGCUAGUACCUUAAUAAGUAGUUAAAGCAUUUAUAUCAGUAUUGAUAUCAGUAUCUGAAUCAUUUUUGGUAUCAGAAUCAGUAUUUACAUGAAUAUCAGCAUUCUUGUCAGUAUUGGUAUUAGUAUUAUUAUUAGUAUCAGUAUCUUUAACAGUACUGGUAUUGGUAGGGAUAUCUGUAUAUUCAUCAGUAUCUGUACGAUUAUGGGUAUUAGUGUUAUUUCCAGUAACAGUAUCGGUAUAUUUUUUAUCAGAAUCUGUACUGGUAUAGGUACCAUUAUAUUUAUCAGCAUUGGUAUUAGUAUCUUGAACAGUAUUGGUAUCAGUAUAUUUAUUAGUACUGAUAUCAGUAUCUUUAACAGUGCUGGUAUUGGUGGGGGUAUCUGUAUAUUCAUCAGUAUCUGUACUAAUAUGGGUAUUAGUGUUAUUUCCAGUAACAGCUUCGGUAUUUUUUUAUCAGUAUCUGUACUUGUAUUGGUAUCAGUAUCUUUUACAGUAUUGGUAUCAGUAGAUCUAUUAAUAUUGGUAUCAGUAUCAGUAUCUUUAACAGUACUGGUAUUGGUAGGGGUAUCUGUUUCUUCAUCAGUAGCUGUACUAUUAUGGGUAUCAGUAUUGUUUCCAGUAACAGUAUCAGUAUUUUUUAUCAGUAUCUGUACUUGUAUUGUCAUCAGUUUAUUUAUCAGCAUUGGCAUUUGUAUCUUUAACUGUAUUGAUAUCAGUAUAUUUAUUAGUAUUGGCAUCACAAUUUUUAACAGUUCUGGUUUUAAUAGUAGUAUCUGUAUAUCAUCGGUAUCUGUACUAUUUUUGGUAUCAGUAUUAUUUCUAGUAACAGUGUCAGUAUUUUUUUAUUAGUAUCUGUACUUGUAUAGGUGUCAGUAUAUUUAUCAGCAUUCGUAUCAGUAUCUGUAACAGUAUUGAUAUCAGUAUAUCUAUUAGUAUUGGUAUCAUUAUCUUUAACUGUAUUGGUAUUGGUAAAAGGUAUCUGUAUCUUCAUCAGUACCUGUACUAUUAUGGUAUCAGAAUUUUUUCUAGUAUCAGUGUUUUUUUAAUGAGUAUCUGCACUUGUAUAGGUAUCAGUAUCUUUAACAGCAUUGGUAUCAGUAUCCGUGUGACUUGGUUAGCGUCAGUCGCUGUUUUGGCCUCAUUUGAUCAAAAAAUAUCAUCAUUUUUAAAAGUCCAACACUGUGCACUCUCCAUGUUUAAUAUCACCUUCUAGAUAUAAUAAAACUGUAACUGAAAAUAUCCUGACAGAAGAAGAAAACUAGCUGUAAAAGUAACCAGAUGGGGUGAGAAACAGUCGAGGUGCACCGAAUGGGAAAUUCUUCACUCAGUUUUUUUAGGCAUCAGAGGAAAAUCACCAGGAUUGAACACCUUGUUCUAACACAUCACUGUCAUGUUGUCUCUGCGAAAUCUCCCCUGAGUGCACGCCCUUUAUGACAGCGAGCAGUGUCUUCUAUUCUUGUGAGAAAUGUGAGAUUUUCAGAGGAUCUUGGUAAUCUCUACACUCCUUAGGGGGAUUAGGGACGGUCGAAGACAGGUUUUAUUAUACUAGGAAGGAGGAAGGAGGGGCGGGGGGAUUUAAUCUGGAAGUCCGGAUUUAUUCAGAAACCUGUCGACUGGAUUGAAGAAUCUGUUUGACGAAACUGUUGAUUUUGUCAAGAGAGGGAAAACAUCAAGAAGAAAAUCAUGAAAUAAUGCUCUUCAGCUGAGUUAAACGUUGAUGUAUGUUGGAUUUUUUUAAAGCAAGACUAGCACAUCUGUGUGAUCUGGCACUCUGCUCCUUAUAUUUUAAUCCUUUUGUGAUUCUCAGAGAGGUAAUUUCGGGCUGUGAAUCACUCACUCCCUCAAAGGCCGACAAGACAACACUCAAACGCAGAGCAUUCACAUAUCACUGAAAAUAUAUAUCCUUUAGAAAUGCCUGCGGUUUGUGUGGGUAAAUGUGACCUUUGCGGAGUGCAGUCUACGAUUCAUCCUUUCCAUAUCUACAUGGACCUAGAAGACGGGCUGACACCUCACAAAGCUGCAAAGAUUAAGAUGUCAAGCAAAGGUUAAGGCUAAGACGCUAAAGCUACUAAAGCCGCGCACGCCAGGUUGUUGUGUGCGUGGAUGGCCUUGACGCCUCGCCCAUCGUGGGUGUAUUCAAAGCCUAAAGGAACUCUUGGAAAACGCGACCGCGUAUAUACAUCGCACUUCCGUUUGAACCCUGAAACGCUCUGCUUAAUUUGGUUUGUUUAAGCUGCAGUUUUUCUCACAGUCUGUCACCUACUUUUCAGCUCCACCACUUCUUCACACCCUCGCCUGCCCGAACGACUCGUCUUUUCUGGAAGCGUUCUUGGCUCUCUCGUCUCCACACCACCAUCCCUGGGGCUUUUCCUUUAUUGCCUAAAAUAGCAUCUCAUAUCUGCGACCGAUGAAGAUCACCGUGCAGCUCCGAGUCUCAUCAUUUCUCUCCUCUCUCAGUCUGCUCCUCAGUCUCAGUGUGAUUUAUGGAGCAGUGGAAGCUGCCGAUACUCCCUACGACUGUUUUAAAGAGGAGCAGGGCGCCGUGACGGAUCAUUUAGAGCUGAAAGACAGUGUUGUGGUGUACUUUUUAAUAUGUGUAUGUGCGACUGCUUGUUGGAUAGUGAUCUUACCAGGCACAGAUGGGGACGGGGAUCAUCUUCCCUGUAAUUGGCAGACAAAGAUUGAAUUAGUACGAGCUAGAGAGAGAGAGAGAGAGAGAAUCAAAUGAGUGGAAAUGGAUCCCGCUUGACCCCGUGGUCUGGAUACUGAUGAGAUGAGUCCACCUCAGCUCAUCUUGAUAACGUCCCCCCCUGCUGUUACUGAGAUUUGUGCUUUACUCCUUUAAUAUCCGACCACAUUCCUCUUUUAUAUUCCAUCAUUUCGUGUCUAAUUUCGCCUUUUGUCAUUUGGAGUUGCGCCCCGCUGCUGCAGCUCUUCCCAUUUCCUACGCCUGUGCGUCUGUGGUCACCGAUUCACCCACUGUCAAGCUGGCCGAAGCUGGAAAUUGAACCUCGCCAGCAUUUAAUCUUGUUUGCCAAAUGUAGUGUUUUCAACAAAAUCCUUUCUGGCCUAAAGGCCGAAUUUCCUCCCUGUGGAGGACGCAUUAACUACCGAUGACAUAGUCUUUUCAAGUCAACUUUGGUUAAUUUCCUCUCCUUUAAAGCCUUUUACACAUUUUUCUAUCAUAUUUACGAUUUAUCACAAAAGAAGAAAAAUACACUCAUAAUCUUAGGGGAAAAACAUCCACAGUUAAAGCUCCUGUAAGGGACUUUGUUUUGUCAGAUAUGGCGCCCCCCUGUGGACAAAGCUUACGUUGUUUUCACAGUCAAAUAUACCUCUACUUUUGCAUAUCUUGUUGUAGAGGAAUAAAAGAAAAGGUUCUUCUUCACUUUGCUUUAAAACAUCUCGUCUCACCAACCCCUCACCCAAGUUAUCCGCUCCUAAAAUUACACUUCCUGUCACCGUGUGAACACAAAACAAAAGGGAGGACCCACCUGCAGAACUUAAAAAGAUUUAUCAAAGCAAAUAAUUCGACUCCAACAAAAACUCAAACGGAAAAACACAAGAAGCAAAAAAUCAGGAGGGAAGACACAGAGGGAAGGCUACACUGGGUAUAAACAGACAGGGUAACGAGUAACGAGAGGCAGGUGAGACACCAGAGCUGCGUCCGAAUUGCCAAGUAGUAGUCGAAGUAGUAGUCGAAGUAGUAUCUAGCAUGUCCGAAUUGGCCACCGGAGCGAGUAGCAUGCUACUUCAGAUACUACUUCAGAUGCUAGACACGCCCACAUUGUAGGUUGGUCUCGGUGCAUCCUACGGGCAUGCUACUGACCCAAAAUGCACCGCGGGCUUCUUCUUCGUCCUCUUAAAAGUUGUAGAAGCGCAUGUGAUGCUAGCGCCACCAGCUGCUCUGCCUAUUUAAAAGUGUCGCGAACGCCGGCUGGCCACAACAGCGCGCACCAUGUCGGAGCAGCAGCAGCAGCAGGCAGGACCGCAGCAGUACAGAUGUAAGUUUCAUGUAACUUCACACACUGUCCUAAAAAAUGUGCGGUUGUAUCUCUUUGUCAUGUCAUGGUGUCAUAUUUGCCCAAGUAAUCAUUUUAUGAGCAAGUGGCGACAUCAUGGAGGUAAAGCUCACUUAUUCCAUCAUUAAACUGCACAGCUGCAGUACUACAGCCAGGCCCGCAGAUGAGGGGCUUCAGUUACCACUGUCUGCACGGGCGCAGUACCUACUCUCUGCCUGCGGGGGUCGUCUUUCCCCACCGCUCGUCUAGUGUGUCCGAAUUGGGCCAACGUUUUUAGUAUGUAGGAGUAGGAUCUAGCAGUAGUAUGUAGCAGUAGCAUGUAGUAUCCGAGCGGGCAGUUCGGACGCAGCACAGGACACAGGUGGAGACAAUCACUGAGGAGGGAAAACACAGGAAGUAAAACUAGACAUGACAAACAGAGAUCAACUAUUACAAAAUAAAACAGGAAGUCAAAGAAAACCAGACAGACAAAGGCGAGGAACUUCAAAAUAAAACAGGAAAGACUAAAAACUGAUUGAAACGGGUUCUAAGACAAACUGAAACAGGAUCACAAACACGUCAGAAACACGAGGGAAAAUACAAAUAAAUCACAAAUCCAAGAAGAAAUUUAAUUCAUGAGAACAUAUUCAGGCAUUUUAAACAUGUAAGAGUUAUUGCUAAUCAUCUGGUUUGCUUAUAUAAGCCAUAAAAAGCAUCACUGUUCAUUUUAGUCUGUUUCAGAACCAGUUAAAAACUCCUCAUUGGAGCUUUAUGCUGCGUUCCAGUUACCUCGGAAAGUCGGAGCAGGGAAUGACGUUACACCCGAGUUGACGGCGUUCUGAUUAACAAGUCAGAAAACCAAGAUGGACGCCUACUGUAAUCGGUUGUUAACUGUUGUUUACAAUUGUCAGCAUACCACUUACUUAAUUUCAUAAAAACAAAACAGAAGUGCGAAUAAAUAAAACAUUACGAGACCUUUCACUGUUACUCUUUCCUGUUGAUGCGCUGCGCUGCCAUCUUGAAUUAUUAUGUUGUCGUCAAGUCGGGGUUGGUGAGGAUCGUCCGAUUUUCUGAGUCGGAGAUCUGACUGUUAGGGGGGGCGUUCCAGAUGAAUUUCCGACUUGGAGCUCAGAAAUCCCGACUUCCGAGUACAACUGGAACGCAGCAUUACUGCUCUAAGGAUUAGCUUCCUGAAACUUUGAUUUGAAUUCGAAGCUCCUCUAAUCUAAGGAGUUUUUUUUGUUUGUAUUGAUUACUCAACUCAACUCAACUCAACACAGCUUUAUUUAAGCACUUUAAAACAAUCACAGCUGAACAAAGUGCUGUACAUAACUAGACAAAAAAAACGACAUAAAAACAAUCAAAAAACAAUUAAAACAAUCGAUAAAAUAAAAGCAGAAUUAAAAAGUAAAAUAUAGUUUCAAUGUUUUUAAAAACUAAUUUAAAAACAUAGAAACAAAUAACUAAAAACAAACCAUAAAACACUAAAACAGGAGCUGAGUCUCAUGCAGGGUUAAAAGCCGAUGAAUAACUUGGAUUCAAAGUGUUUUCUGAUUAAAAAACUCAUCCUGUUGCUUUUUACAGUCAAAUCUUGAACAAAUCAUAAACACAGGGUUGUUUCUACCCCCUUACAAAGGUUUUAACCACUAAAAAUUACGAUAAAAAAUUAGUCAAACUCUUCGCUGAUGGUUUUGUUUACUUUCGGAUAUCAUAAAAAGGAAUUUAUAUUGAUUUAAGUUUAUUUAAUAAUAGUAAAAAACUCCUCAGGGGAGCUUUAAUAAAAUGCUUCUAACAAUUGAUGCUACUUUGUUUACCUUAGUUUGGUAAUGUCCUGCUAGUGUUUUUGCUCCGACCUGAGCCGAUCUGAAGUUUCCGACACCCUCUGGAUGCAAAUGUUAUCGUCUACACAGCAGAAUUAUUCCUAGAAAUACAGCACAUGUAAAAGCUUUGAUCACCAGUCAUGGACAUUUAUUUAAUUCAACAUCAUCAGGAUUAUAAUUAAGGGGUAUUUUUACCGCCUUUAUUAAAGCCUGACUGUUUCUGUUCGGAUGUAAAUUUGUGAGACUCGGGCUCUGAAACUUUUGUCCAAACUCAUCACAGCUGCGGGGCGUUUGAAGCACUUUCCCGGAGAUAAAAUUAAAACAUUAAAAAAGAGACGGAGACGGCAUGAGGGCAGAAAGUUAUUCCCCUCGGCGACAGAGGCUGAGAGAUCUCUUGUGGGCACAGAAACACCUCUAAAAUGGAUUUGAUUCGACUGUGCGAGUUAUCAACACCCCGACUUCAGUGUGAAAUCGAUGUGCAGUCCUGUGCUUGUUUUCCGGAGUCGCUUCUUCACCCAACUCGGAGGGAAGAAACGACUUUGAAAGCAAUACCUCAUCCUAUCAUGAGGUUGACCCGAGGCAGGAAGACGACCCUUCAGGAAUAAACGCCGAAAAUAAAAGUGGCGUGAUGGUUUCACAACUUUAAAUAUCGGUGUGAUUGUGGGUGAUGUUUGAACUUAAGACCGGGCGGCUUCUUCGACAGCAUAAGUAGCUCCCAUCAAGGCUUUUAUCACGGGAUGACUGUGUCCUUGAUGGUAGUGAGUGAAUUAACAAGGCAGAUAUCGAUCGCUGGCUGCGAGUUUCCUCUGUAGCUUUUUGAUGGUGAUUUAGAGAGUGAGCGAGAGACAAUCAGAGAGGGAGAGACACACAGAGAGGCCGAUCGAUAGUGUUUGCAGGUUUGCUGUGUGGAGAAAGGUGACAGGCGGCGAGAAGGGCAUGAACGAGGCGUGGGAUUGAUCCGUUGCAAGGCAGUUGAUUUUGCUUUAAAACACACACACACACACAGAUAGACACAUGUACACACAAAGUGGUGUGUUGUCAGAUUUUAGGGGUCGAUCAAGAGUUGUGUAUAUUCGCUCAAAUCUUUGUCAGGUUUCAGUUCGAUCAAACAGGUUUCUGACGAGGACAAAAAAAAAUGUUCCCACUUUGUUCGUCUUCAGACCUGAUAGACUUGAAAGCCAUUAAGCACAUUAGCAAAGAACUCAGGCAUCAGCAUGGAACAAAGCUAAACGACGGGGAUGAUGUUGGAGGGAGAUGGUUGGUGUUCAGAGGGUUGUUUUACCCUGUGAAAGCCAGAAGGACUAAAGACGAAGGAGAGGAAGAAAAAGGGAAAGAUGGUCUCGGCAAGGACAAACGAACAGAAACACGAGAUCUCAAUCCUGGGAAUAAAAGAAAAAAAGGUUUCCUGCACUGGGCGAACAAUCCAGAUCUCCCUUAAAGGUGGGGUAGGCAGGAUUCUGUUAAAGAAGCAUUUUUUUUAGUGAUGUAUAAACAAAAAAGCUUUUAAUAUCAAUCAAUAGAUAUCAGUCAUUGAUGACAUUUGGUAAUAUAACGAUAUCGCUGUGUUCUCUCUUCUCUCGUUGUGAGGUGGACCCUGCUCCCUCAUGCUGUGAGACACGCUCCACGUCCUUGAAUAACAUUCACGAGCCCAAACAAAGUUAGCGUGCUACAAUAUCGGACAGUAGAAACCAACCAGAAAGUACGGGAAAAUGUCUGAAUCCUCCUUUGGCCACGACUGCCAACACAAGCAAGAAAACGAAGUAAAUACAGGAGACUCGGGCCAAAUAUUGGGCGCUUAAAAAGGAGGUAAACCGGACAAGAGCUAAAAAGCCGGGUCAACAUCAGUGGACGCUUCGUGAUCUUGCGUAACCUUUCUGCUGGACAGGUAAACCGCUUUGACAACAAAGUGUCUGUAACAGAAGUGUUUCUUGUCAAACGGGACCUGCUGUAGCGUGUUGUAGCUCCAUCGCUAAACUGUCCUCCCUCGGGUCCUGGACUAUGUCACUUUAUCCUCGUUGUAGAAGUCCUGCAAACAUUGUGUUUGCUGGUAGUCUGUUGGCAUCUACAGUAGCACCAAUGCUUUUUACUUUCACCUUGACUGGGCCCCAUUUGUAAUUAUCAGAAGUAUUUAUCUGCAUUAUAUCUGAAUUUAUUUGGAACGAUACGAGCGAGCAGGAGCGUAUGUUUGUGGGCGGGGCUUGAUGGAGCAGAGAGGAGGAGCUGAGGGGAAAACUGGUUGGGAGGGGUAGAGUUUACAUUCAAGAUUUCUUCCAAAAUACUGGCACUCCCUCAGAUCCUGACGACCCCACCUUUAAAGAGUCUAGAAGUCACAUCGAUGUCUCCAAAUCCAAAAAAAUCCAAGCUUUCCUGUCUCUACAAUAACCACAUAAAAUAUUCACAUUAAUGUGUUUGACUGCUAAAGAACAUUAGUUUUGCAAACAUGACAAGAUAAGUAGAGACUGCUUUGUCCACAGAAGGGCGCCGAGGUUGACAAAGAGUUCCUCACUGGGGUUUUUAAUCUGCUUUCUAAAGAGGCGAAUCUAAAGAUUUUUAUUGUGUUCAGCAAUGUGCGGUUUUCAUGCAGGUGUGUAGCCGAAAUCAUUCAAAAUUGUUUUUGGACUUUCUGUGUAGUUUAAGAGGGGUUUUAAAAGGCGGAGGGAAACGCUAGUAGUCGAAUUUGAACCUUAAAUCUACCAUGAGCACAAUUUUUUGCUGUUUUGAGGUAAUUAUUUUGACUCACUCAAACCAUCUUUAACCUUUGCCAAAAAGAAGAUUAGGCAAAUGAUUUUAACCUCUAUAUAUGUUGUAAAAUAGUCAGAGUGACACUUGGUUCCUCAGCCGUUCACCUGACAUGUAAUCACCCCUGACCUUCAUCAUCUGACCCUGGCUCUGUCCCUGAUACGAGUAAGAGGAGCGCUUUGACAUUUGCUGCUCUUUGUCAAUAGGUCACGAUGAAAGCACAGACGCACAAAGGCGGGAUAGCAUGGACAUUUAUUGAUCAGGCUGUCUCGUGGUUAGCUGUACGGAUAGAUGAUAGGCACAGCAGGAGGAAAGAGACGGAGCUCUUCUCCAGGAAGUCGAGCAAAAACCGCUUUAGUGGGCGCUCGUGUGCGUCCAUCCAUCUCGAUGGCAGGGUAAUUCACUUAGCCUGCACUGUGAGCGGCCAUUAUCUGUGGGUGGUGUGCGUCUACGGGUGUGCUCCGCCAUGAUAUCAUCAUGACACUCACUUAAGGAUACAUCACAGCUGGUUGAUAUCAGCCGUCUGACAAUAAUGGCCAAGUUGUGGACCUUUUAAGGCUGUUUGGCCGAGCACUCUCCGCUCAUAACACAACUUCUCUCACAAUUAAUCAGAUUGUUUCAGAUAGAUUGAAACCAUCAGCCGCACCGAGGGCUCACAUUGUGAAUACUCCGGCUUUGAUAUGGUUGAUAUCGCUCAUGUUGGAGUGGGCUCAGAUGGUGAUCAGCGGAUUCAGGCACAAAAACAACCGAAUUUGAAAUAAUAUUACAACUGAACUGAGACCUUAAAUGAGGAUUUAGUAUCAGAUCGGGGCUCAGCUGUUCAGGAUGCGCCAGAUGUUUUCAGAGUGUGAUGAGUCAAAUGGACUCUUCUACUACCGAGCCAUUUUUGAACUAUUUUCAAUCAAAACACAGAGUUCAAACUUUCCAACUCGUGUCAAAAAUGGCGAAAACUCUGAUGACGACUGCUGGACAGAGAGAGGAACUGCAUGUUACGAUAAAUUGCCUUAAAAAGUUAUCAAAUUAGUGCGCUUUUGCAGUAUGCAGAGGACAUCUCGAACUUUUUAAAAUUAUAUUAGCUCUGUUGGUUUACUUUUGCGAUCAAGUUAACCCUAAGUGAUAAAUUUAGCAUCAAUUAUCAAACGCCAAGGAUUUAAGUCAUAUACUUGUUGUUUUAUAAUUAGGUAGUUCUUUCGUUUUUUUUUUUUUUUUUGAAGGGGAAGUCUAUGUGAAGGAGGUUUUUGUUCAUUUCAAGGGAAAAAUCACUUAUAAAUGCAAAUUUGAUCACACGUUCGGAAAGUGAGAUACUCUGGAUGUGAUGACUGUUUGACAAAACAUGCAAGAAAAAAACCCCAACAAACACAUACAUCUCAUCAGCCACGGCGGAGGUGUGAAGUCAAUUGUGACAGCACGCAACCGCGGUUCAUUUCUUCUUUGUGCUAAUUUUGAUCUGAUGAAAUGAUUAAAAAAAGAAAGAAAAAAGUGCAAACAGUGUUAAAGUUUUACAGUGGAAAUGAGGAACAUUCAGAGAAGACUUUGGUUAUUAAAGGAAAACAUAAAAGUGAAGGAACAUCCUCCCUCUGCCUUUCAUUUGUUUUAUUAUACACUUGGUAACUUAUUCAAAUAAAAGAAGUGGAAAAAAAGCUAAAUAAAGUAUGCUACACUUCAUUUUUAAAGCCUCUGUGAGGAGUUUUGAGGUGCUCAUAAAACAGCCUGAAAUUCUCUCUGUGGUUUAAAGAACCAAGAAAGACCAUCAGCAACAAGAUUGAGAGUUUUUUAAGCUUCUAACCACAAAACAAGUCACAGUCUACACCAAAGGAGACGGUUUUAUAUGAUUCAUUCGAAGUGUUCAAGACUCAAGAGUUCAAGUUUUGUCAAAACACAUGGUAGGAGUGCAAAGAUGAACCAGUCAUAAUAGUAAGAGGUACCAGUGGUGCCCCCACUGGCUAGAAAUUCAACAAUGACUUUGAAUGUAAAGGUUUCAGUUCAAACAAGGGAAGAUAACUUCAAAAACAGACAAGGUUCAAGACACGGCGUGACUAUGACCAUGACUUUGAAAGAGUGUUGGAACGAGGACAAGGAGUGCAAGGAACUAGUGACGACACUCGAUACGUUUACAUGACACUCGAAAAAAAACGAAUUAUCGCCUUACUCCAAUUAAGACCGGACAACUGAAGUGCAUGUAAACACCUUAGUCCGACUAUAAUCGGAGUUUGAGAACUCCGAUUCAGACACCCAGAUAGUGCGAUUGGAAUUCGAUUUUCUCUACCGUGUAACCAGCGCAGUCGUAGUAUGAUGGACAGUGCAUGUGCGUGUGAGCCACGCCCCCAUAACUCCAGAACAAAAACACCAGAGAAGAGGAGUAGCGUGCGUCUCACCUGCAGAAAAAGUAGCGCGUCCAUCACGUACGACAAAAACAACGCUGUACGAUGCUCCAACUUCCCGCUCAAAAAUGCCCAGCAGCAGUUGUAGACACUUCUGACGUCUGGCACGGACCUGCUGUUGUUGUUGACUGUUGUAUGGGGUCGGAAACAGCGCCACUGAAAAGACCCAUAUCGCCCCCUAGUUUUGGGGAGGAGAACACGUUCACAUCAAUAAUUCAAUUUUCUUAGCUGCAUGUAUACGCGGACAAGGAGAGAAGUCCAAUUCUGCGGAAAAAACAAAAACAAAUUAUGAGCUUAGUUGGAUUAAGUUGUGCAUGUAAACGCACUGAGUGAGGAACAUGAGGUAAAAUACAAGAGGUAACGAGGGUGAUGGAAAACAGGUGGGGAGACACAAUCAGGAUGCAGGUGUGACAGGAUGAGGGCGGGGCAGACCAGACCAGACAGGAACAACAAAUCUAGAAAACAGAAACAAUAGAGGGUUAGAGACCACAAAAUAAAACAGUAAAGACAUCAUGAGUGUGCAAAAAACAAAGGAAACUUAACCAACAUGAGGGUAAAUCAAGACCAGGACAACAAAAAACACAGAAGCAGGGAAAGACAGAGACUGUACUCACACUGGGAAAUGAGUAACGGGUGGGAAAGACAAGACGCAGGUGAGGCUAUGACUCAUUAAAAAAACUAAUAAAGGAAAAACAAUGGUAGACGAUAAAAUGAGUUAGUUGUAUUUUAUUUAUUUAUUUGUUUUUUGUUUUUUAGUAGAGUCAAAAAAAAAUGUUCACACUUCUUUACGUUUCAUUAAUUUACACACGGUCCCUUAAAGAGAAAGACGCUGCAUAUAGAGCUGUUCAGGUCUUUGUGAGUGUACUGUAACAAGGGAGGCCUUAAUACAACUUUAGAUGUAUUUUAAUGGCUCGGCCCACCUGUGACACACACUCAAACACACACAGGAGUCCACAAAGGGAUCCUAUUUUGGGAGCCCAUCCAGCUCAUCACAGCCUUCUGGGCCAAAAUCAGUCCACUGAGACUUUUUUCACAGGUGGAGGAAUUCAAAUUGAUGUAAAAACCGGCGGGGUAACAGGUAGUUUUAGAAAAGAAGCAUCAACAAGUCAAGGCGGUAUAUAGGGGAAUAGAAAUGGAGACAUUUCCAGAGCAGCGAAAUGUCCUUGAAUGUGGGUUUUUAUUUUGAGGUUGAAUAAACGGUAAACUGCAGUCCUGUAGAACGAAGGAAAUAAAAUGUUCUGCUUUUCAUCGCUGAAUCUUUCCAUGACACUGCAGGUCACGGUGAUCUUGGCGGCCAAGACGAACGUUUUCAAUCCUCCCUUUUAUCUCCGUUUUGAAAAACUUUUUAGAAACCGGCUGCUGAAAUUCUCCCAGCGCUGACUCCUUCAGUCACCUCCCUGUUCUGCCGGUCAUCGCUGAGCUCAAUAGAUAAGAGCUGAAAGCCGAGUUUGCAAGUUGAAAGCUUUUUUUUCUUUCUUUUUCGUCUUCUUCUUGGUGCUGCUGGGUUACAGCAAUAUUUUCGAAGUGUCAUUCGAGGCAGAUCCAGAAACAGGAAGUGUGCUGAAAUAAAAAAUCUCAUUACCAAAGGUAGACAGGAGCAAAUCUUUGUAAUAAAAACAAAAAUAAUUUCACAUCUGUGGGAUAUUAAACACUGUACAUGCUUCAUUUGUGUUGCCGUCUCCGUCAUUAUUCUCUAACACCCUCAGACACACUUGAUGAUGGUUUUCAUUUAAACCUUAAUCACACUUCUCUAUAUUCUUCCAGCGCAGCAGUUUUUCUUCCGGCUCAUAUUUCUGUUUUAUCAGCAGCAGGAAAUGAGAAAUUUGAUGUAGCCCUAAGUUUCAUCACCCUAACUGUGUUGGAAAUGUAUCAUGGGGUGUUUUUUUCUUUUCACGACGCACUUUAUCUCAGCCAGGCUCAACCGUCUGCGUUUAUGAAACAACUUUGGAGUGAAAUAAAAACAAUUUAAUUAUAAACACAGAGAGACGUCGUCAAAACAGAGCCGAGGAAAAGUGUCGAGUAAACUCUCAGGGACAGUGACUCAGCAUAAUGCUAGCGAGCUAAAAUUAAACAAAAGGGUGCAAAUGAAAACAACGUAGCGUCUGACUCCAUGGUUACAGGUGGCUAAAUUGUUUAAAGCUCCUGUAAGGAACUUUUUGUUUGUGUUGACUUUGGCGCCCCCUCUGGACAGUGAAGGAUGCUAAUCCUGCCCUGCAUCCUGUAGCCUGGCCGGGCCAUCCUGUUGCGUGAAUCACUUGAUGUUCCUUCCCACAACAGUCUGGACUUCGGCCCAUAGAGAGCGUGUAUCCCCGAUCAGAAAAUAACCGGGCCAAUCAGAGACCGUGUUUCCACUGUUACCCGGACAACAGGGAAAGGCAGCCCCUGAUUGGUCCAUGUGUAGUGGUGACGUCUAACACAUGCUGCGGGACUUUUCAAAGCCCCGUUCAUUCAGAACGCCGUUAAUUCUGCAGUUGACCCUUCAAAGUCGGCAGGAAUCGUUUAUAUACGCUGAUAUAAACGAUUUCUCGGAGCCGUUCCGGACGCGGUGGAAAUCCCGGCUUAGUUUCACUCAGUUAAGAACUGUAGCUUUAAAGUCGUUAGCGUAGCAUGUCUUUGGACCCGCCCAUCUUAUGUCUCUCUUUAUCUGUCUCCACAGGAACUUCUACUACAUCACCAUGCUACGGGACCCGGUGUCACGCUACCUCAGCGAGUGGAAACACGUGCAGCGGGGGGCCACCUGGAAAACCGCCCUCCACAUGUGCGACGGCCGCCCGCCCACUCAGGACGAGCUCCCCGCCUGCUACAGCGGCGAAGACUGGACCGGCGUGUCCCUCGCCGACUUCAUGAGCUGCCCGUCUAACCUCGCCAACAACCGGCAGGUGCGCAUGCUCGCCGACCUCAGCUUGGUCGGCUGCUACAACAUGUCGUCUGUUAGCGAGCUGGAGCGGGGCAGCAUUCUGCUGGCUAGUGCCAAAGCCAACCUACGCAACAUGGCGUUCUUCGGCUUGACGGAGUUCCAAAGAAAGACGCAGUAUCUGUUCGAGCGGACGUUCGGCCUGCACUUCAUCCGGGCCUUCACGCAGAUUAACAGCACUCGAGCAGCCAGCGUAGGGAUCAGCGAGAAAGUGCGGUGGCGCAUCGAGGGCCUCAACGCCCUGGAUGUGGAGCUGUACGAAUACGCCAAGGAGCUGUUCCUGCGGCGCUACCAGUACAACCGUCAGAAGCAGCACCAGGAGGAGCGUCUGAGGAGGUGGCAGGAAAGGCAGGAGAGGCAGCACAGGCAGCGCAUGCAUAGGACCUAUCUGGCCGCGCUGUGGAGACUAGGAGGAGGAGGAGGAGGGGGCGAGGAGGCGGAGGACGAGGAAGGGGCGAAGGUCCAAGAGGAGAUAACCACGACAGAGGACUACAGCAGCCAGGUGGUGCGGUGGUGAGGAGCGCACGGGGACUAAAAAACACACAGGCGCUGACUGACGGCUGGUUGAUUCAUCGUGCUUUUCUCUCCUCCGUCCGUCCGUCUCCUGCUGUCUCUGUUGUGAAUCUGCCAAAAAAGAAAACCUCCUGCCCUCUCAGCCUCAUCGCGCUUUGUCGGACUGCCGAACGGUGUCUUAAUAUUUAUGAUGGAUGUAUUCGUCAUGGCAACAUAAAAUAUUUUGUAUUUAUGUUUCUUUCUUAUUGCUAUUUUUGGCACUGCAGUCGUGAAUCGUAUUUAUUUAUCCAUUAGCGAGCGCUUUGAAUGUUCUCAGAGCGACAAAAACGUUUCCCAAAAUUUCGCUCAUCAUGAAUAGAACUGAAAAAUAAAAGCGAGGACGGGGGAGCGCUAGUCUGUUUUUAAAAAUGGCGACAGACUCGAAGGAUCCUCUGUGUCAUGUUUGUGAUCUAGCGCCGUGUUGAUCAGUGAAAUCUUGUAGUUACUCUGUGGUGUUUGGCUUCGUAAGAAUAUCAAAAAGCACAAACUUGGCAAUAGUCUGCGGCGUGUUUUCUUAUUCGGCUGCUGCAGAAACAGAAACAAUCAAGGAAAAUGUGUCGAAUAAAAAGAUGCAGCACCCAGUGAUGUAAAUGUGUCCUUGGUACGCAUGUGUACUUGAUCUGCCUUGCUCCCUUUUUUCACAGCAUGUUCUCACCAUAAAGAUCUGAAAUCUCCAA